GUAAAUGCAAAACAGCAAUCUAGUUGACGUUAUUUCGUUGAAUAAUCUGGUGCAUAUUAUUAUUCAGAUUUUCACAAUUUUAUGGUUAGUGCUUCUGACUCACUCCUCUAGGGUUGUCAGCGAUUCGAAAAUCGGGAUACAAUGAGUUUUUUAUACUGAAAUUAUCUAAACGAAGGUUAAUAAUCAUAGUUCUUUGAAAAUUUCUACUUAUCGCUGAAACGAUCACCUUAACACGUGGUUACACUACUCAGGUACCAUGAAAUACUCGAGGCUUCUUGAAGCAAAGCAUAUACUUUGUUUAUAUGUGCGUUAAAAAACUACUCGUUUUGUAUCAGGAUGCGUGACCUUACCGUCCAACUAACGUGAAUUCUGUACAGUAGUUUGCUGUUCACGAGACCUAACGUAUCGCUAAAACUUCUUUUGUACAUAAUCGAUUUGUAGACUAUCAACGUUGAAAUGAAGUCAGUGUACUAGGCGAACCAGGCAUACAUUUCAAAACAUGUUCCCGCUUAGUAAAAUGUAAGUCUUCGAAACCGUGGUAGAUCAGAAAAGCAAGGAUUAUUUGCAUUCUCUAGGAAUAGUUAUAUUAUUUUGACUUAGCCAAUUAGUAGAUCAGUUUGAGGGCAUCAGGUAAGUAAUAUGCGGGCACAAAUGUCUGACCAGAACCAUAGAGAUUGCUAAAAAUUAGUGGCUUCAAUAAUUUUGAAGCGUUUGAAAUUUCAUAUUUUACGAUGUAAGCUUCAGUUUUACUUGAUUUCACUGGACGUUAGAUACAUAACUUGGAGUUCGUCUUAGUUCUUUCUUAUGGUAUAGAAAUCGCUAAUAAAUCUAAGACCUUUAAUUAACUUGUUCCAAAUUUUCCCAGAUCGUUGAUGUACGCAACAUUCCUAAACAUUACAUUCUUUCACAUGUUAAAUAAAUUAGUAGUUUCUGAUACUACAAUCUUCUGUGACACCUACUUUCUCGAUUCCUUUUAUCACAUUCGUUCUUUUUACCGGUUACCUCGUGAUAUGUUCAGAAGCUUAUUAACUUAGACUGAUGCAAUAUAUAUGUUUUCUGUUGCUAUAAACUUCGAAACAACAACAGCAGUGGAUUGUCAGUCAAUAUUUAUGUCCUCAAUCGGGAUAUUAAAAUCUGAAGGGUUAUGAAAUAAUGUGCUGGGAAAAUUCAGUCAUUGAAAAGUUCAAAUGCUUUGAUGACUAACCGUAAGGAUUUCUGAAAUGUUUCAGUCAAGCUCAUCGGAAGAAAAAUCUAAGAAGGGAGCACAUUUUUUUAUCUACGAUUAGAUGUUGUAUUGAUUGAUGUAGGAAAAAAGCCCCCAAAUGCCCUGGUACGGCCGAGUGUGGGGAGAGUCCGCUCUCCCUCUCGAAAUGCUCUCACAUGGCCACGCGUAUAUAGCCUCUUCCAGGGAAGUCCUGCUCACUGCCUUCUCGUGGCGGUGUUGUGUACGAGAUUGAGAGGAUAAAAAGCGAACGUCCGGUGCUUUAACCGGGUCGGUGGACAUAGAGAGUCCACCUAGGGGAGUUGGGGAACCCUGAUUCCAAACCAGUGGUGCAUAUGGGCUCCAGUAUUCUGAAGGAACAAAUGGCGUAUAAACCAAUCGUUUGUCACCGGCUACCAUGGGACCGCAUCCCCUUACGUUGCUCCACUGCCUUGUGGAUCAGACCUUCAGGUUUGGGCACCCGGGCAGUAUCACAGCUCUCACAUAAACCGAAUGAUUCAUGUGGCGCAUAUGUAUUUGGUGCCUCCUUGUACCAAUAUCUGUGUUAAAAUAAAUAAAUAACGAUUAGAUACCAGCGAUCCCAUUACAGUGGUUCGCUUAUACUAAGUUAUUUCGGUGGGUUUUCAAAAAUGAUUUUUGAGUGCGCGACAAUAAUAAUUUCACCGUAUCCGUUUGAAUCUUCAAAAUCUAACUGGGGUUUAUGUAAUGACUCGAAGAAACAACAAAGGUCACGAUGGGCUGAAGACGGUUCGGGUCUCAGAUUAACUUAUUUAUAGUGGUACUCUCAUUGUGGCUAUUAAGAUGAUGGCAGAUAAAAGUUUAGUCCGGAAAUAUAAGGCAUUUGGCUCUUGUCAUCUUGCAUCAUCAGCAGUGUAAUUAAAUACUCUUCCGGGUUUUGGCUUUGGUAUCAGAUUGUAUAAAGACCACUCAUAAUUGAAACAGUUUAAGUCUGCGAUGGAGCACCAAAUACGAGUCUUUAGACUUCUUUUUCUUCUACCUAAUUGCAAAAUGUUACUUUGGGAUUGAUUUGUAUCAUGACUUACUGGUCUGUAUUAGUAAAAUAGUUGGUCUCGUUUACCACUUAAAUUGUCGUCAGCGUUUCACCACUGCUAAUUUAUUAUUGGCUGAUAAAAUCUCAGGAAAUUCAGAAAGUUCAAUUGGCUUUUUCCAACACCGCUCAUGAAGUAGGCAAGACGUCUAUUUUCUGUGACGAUGCAGCAGUUCACUGUAUUAAUGUGGUCGUAAAAAUGGCUCGUGAACUGGAAAACAUGUAUAAGCUGCUGGAGUUUAACCUAGGUAUUUUCGAAGCAUUACCAACUUGUGAAACAAGUGAGUAAGCAUUGUCAGGGCUAGAACUAGGGCACUAGACGAAGAAAAUAAGUUGGUUAAUGCGGUGAUAUAUUUUCACUGAUUGAGGUGUCUGGACGUGUGCUGCGUAUGUCCAACCACUGUCUUCUAUAGUCCGUGUUGGCUGAAGCUAGGGACGGCGAAGCCAAAACAUGACAUCAGUCCACAACGGUAGUGACUGUUCAAUCAGGCCGUAUUGAUAUAUGCGGAAUAUCAGGUUGGAGUCCGCUCUAGAACUGCUAUCAUUUGUUGGAGUCAUCAAUAUAUGGCUCAGGAUUGAUCACUGCCUUUAAUUAAUACGCAUUCUCUUCUCCUGGGUCUUCAUAUUCAAUAUUAUUCCAUGCUUUAUGUUCCUUAGAUCCGUUCCUUCUUUUUGAACCAUAUUAUCUAAUAUUUAGUCUUCCUCACUGACAUUGUGAGCACCAUUACUUCGACUUUCUUGCCACACAUCUUGCUAAUUUAUCCCUUACUGAUAUAAUAUGACAUGGGUCGAUACACAUCUGUGGAAGGGUCCGUGUUUAUUAUGAAUAAUUGGUUUUGAACUAAUGAAACAACUUCGUCUAAAAACUAAUCAAAGCCAUUCUUGUAUAUAAAAUUUUCCAUGGCUUUAGCAUUUAGUGUUAACGUUUGACCUGUAACUAUGAGUCUUCAUCAAACUAAAGAUUUUUGGAGUUACUGAAUUAAUAAACACAUAUCUACAAUUAGUCAGGAACAGUCACAACUUAUUGCAUUAAGGCUGUGCUUGCGUGUUGAUUGAUGAGGAAAGAAGAGGAAAGUUUAGGUCUUCAAACUUUAGAUAUGUCAGACAACAAUAAUAGAUACUGUUACCUGUUGUAGAAACGUUGUUUGUACAAUACACGGUGUAGACAAAGAAAGUAGGUACGCUUUAGCAUGUGUUGCUUUCCGUUGCCCCUUCCUGGAUUCAAGAGUCUUGUCAUUAAGACUGUCGUUUUGUCUUGCAAAGUGCAAUGUUUUCUAUCUUCAUGGUGAUAGGCGCUCAAGAUUCCACAUUCUGACAGUGAAGAAGUCUUCAAAAAAACCACCAAAUUGUUUUGACACUUGCUAUAAAAAGUGGGGAAUUAAAACUUCCUCAUAACAUCCAGUAUGGCUAGUUUCCUAUUGUCUGCUAUAUAUCACCAGCUAUGUUUGUACGUCAUUAUCUUCAGUACCAUUUAAUCUAAUUUCUAGUCCUUUAUUUUUCAGUUGACAACUUGAGUGUCAGUAUCUAGUCACAAGCUGCCAAUCAUAUUCAAUUUUUAUCAUUAUACCUGGUUUUUUUACACGUAGAUCUAGUUAGUUGUUUGUGUUAAAGUGACAGACAGUCCUGUUAUUUUACUUAAUAUUAAUCUAUUCAGAUAAGAAUAAAAUUGGUUGCUUCAUUUGCAGUACGUUACGUCACUCUUGAUAUUGAAUCCAUGAUUGAAGUACUUGUUAUGUACGCCUGAACACCGAUUACCACGACGUGCAAUGCUGACUAGUGUUAAGAAUGGUUGGGAGAAAGUUAGGGGCUGCCAAACCAAAACGUCGCAUCAGAGUUUGAAGUCACUAACUUCUAGUCCUAGCCAUGUUGGUAGAUGCAGACUACUUGGUUGGGGUCCGCGUGACUAUCGUAACCAAUGAUUGGAGACUCUUGAUGGCAUGGCUCAGAAUCGAUCACAGUGGCGUCGGUGUAUACACUCUCUGUCUUCCCUUAAACUAAGAGAUUAAAAUAACUUCAUAUCUUUCUUUCUACGAACUAAUUCUUUCUUCCUGUACUAUAUCCUUAUUGCAAUCUCUCUUUUAUAUAUUACCACCUCUGAAUUAACUACUUUUAUGAAUCCGGUGUCCACCUUAUUGUGUUAAUGAGGUAUGGCAACUUGGACCGAUCCAUAUAUGUGCCUGGUCCUACGUUGUAACUGACUGACUGACUGACUGACUGAUUAAAGUACUAUAUUUACACAAAUUGCUUUAUAUAAUAGACUCAACACGAAAUUGUGAAAAUGGCCACUCUGAGUAGGGAUGUGCAUCCUCCAGUUUGCUUGAUGACUAUCAUAGUUGUCCAAUUAUGACGAGUUUUUCAUUUUUAAGAUCAUUAAUCUCGAAUAUAAUCUUUAGGGGUAUUACUGAUCUCCCUUUGUUGCUACCAUGAUUAUAUAACCGCUUUUGAUGCUCAAAUUAUUGCUUCUUUCGAUGUGUUAUUUGUAGUAAAUUUGAAAACUAUUAUGGAAGAGGAAGAUGAUUGGAGACAGUGUGCUGAAUGGUUAAAUAGAUGUCAAGUUAUCCCGGAUGAUCAUCCGGCUCUGGGGCCAGAUGGUAAUGCGAUUCACUUGGUUCAGGCCUUAAUGGACGGAGUUGCUUUAUGCCAUCUUUUAAGUACAUUAUCAAACCAUGAGUUGGAUAUAAGAUCGAUGAAAGAUUUUAGUCAUAUGCCACAAAAUUCUCAGUUUUUAUGUUUUCAAAAUCUUCGACUAUUUACACAGUUAUGUGAAAAAGAAUUUGAUAUUCCCAGAAAUUUGCUAUUUCAACCUGGUGAUAUUUAUCAUGCUAAGAAUUUUGGGAAAGCGAUUGCAACUUUAUCAAAAUUAUCAUACUCAAGAAGAGCACAGUUAACUGGAAUACCUGGUUUUCCACCAGAAAAUUCAAAGCUACAAUCAACUCAUGAAUAUUAUAAUAAUCUUGAGGAAAUCGCUGCUGCAAUGAAUAAAUUACCUGACUCUGGAAAACCAAAUUAUACUCAAAUGGAAGAGGAAAAUAAAGAAAAACUGUAUGAUACAGUGGUGUAUCAAGGUUCAAAAUCUCGUCUAAAUUUGGACUCUGAACCAACAACAGCACGAGCGUAUUGUAUUCGCGAAAUAGUGGAUACAGAAAAAAAUUACGUAGAUGUGUUGAAAAUGUUAAUUGAGAAGUACAAGCAUCCGCUUAUUGGAGUUCUUUCGCACAACGAAAUUGAAGAGAUUUUCAAGUACAUUGAGGAAUUACAUACUAUUCAUAGAGAGUUUUUAAGUAAUCUGAGUUUGGCAACUAGUGCAACUGUGAAUUUCCUUAGUUUAAGUGAUGUUUUUCUUAAAACUCGAGAUAAUCUUCUCAUAUAUGGAGAAUAUUGUGGUCAUUUACAACAUGCUCAAAACUUAGUUUAUGAAAUUAUGCGAAAUGAUGUAGAAAAACGUAACAAAAUAGAAUUAUGUCAGUCAAAUUCAGAGAAAUACAAUAAAUUCGCUUUGGCUGAAUUGCUUACAAUACCAAUCCAACGCGUUUUGAAAUAUCAUCUUCUGUUAGAGCAUCUAUGUAAACUCACUCCAGCUGAUCACUAUGAUCGUCCUGAUCUAACUGUAGCUCACGAAGCUAUGCGUGAAGUUGCAUUAUCUAUCAACGAUGUUAAACGAGAUCUUGACACGAUUAGCUCGAUUGAUCAAAUUCAAUCCAGUUUACUUGAAAUAAUGCUGCCUCCAGAUAAAAGGUUAUCAAGUUAUGGGCACUUGCAUAUGGAUGGAGAAGUGAAAGUUCUUUCUGAAUCAGAAAGCAAAGCGAAAACUAGAUAUUUAUUUUUAUUCGAUAAAAUAUUGAUUGUAUGCAAACCGAAGGGUGAUAGUUUUACAUUUAUGUUCGCUUAUCAUGUUGUAAAUGGCCAAUUCCAACGAGUUACUUUAUCAAAUAAAAAGGGAUAUUCCUAUGGAUUUACUUUACCAAUUUUGGGUGAUAGAGAUUCUCCAAAUCUUACUUUCUUUACAAAAUCCGAAGAAUUACGUACAGCUUGGAUGAAAGCUGUAAUGGCUGCAUUGUCUAAUCUUUGUCCACCUGGAGCGAAAGACCGAGGUUACAACUUUGAAAUGUUCACAUUUAAACAACCUACUUAUUGUUGUAUCUGUAAUAAAUUAAUCACAGGAAUGUUCUUUCAAGGUUAUCGUUGUCGAGAAACAAAUCGAGCUGCACAUAAAAGUUGUCUUGCCAAUCAUAAUCUUCCACUGCGUGGUAUGGCUAAUCCACAUAUUAAUGGAGUUCCUCCAAGUGCCCCACCGCCAUUACCUCCACAGAUCAAUACAGUACGUAGUCGACGUUCUCAUGUAACGAUGGGAAGUGUGCCAUGUACACCUGGAAACAACUCAUUAUCUAAUUCAGAAUCAUUUGACUUCUCACAGUUAACUGAUACAUUAUCUUCUGUGAACCACUGGCUUGCAACUGAUCAUAACAAUCUGUCGAAUGUCACUUUACAACGUAACCGACGUAUAUCUUCAGGUUUACCUACAUCAAGUAUUCCUCCAGUGAAUCCAACUUUUGCUAUAGCACGAAAAGCAUAUGAUGGUGAUCCUCUCCCACCAUCAGGUAGUCAUCCUUUGAGAUUAUCAAUUGGAGAUCAAGUUGAAUUGAUCAAAUGGACUGAAGGCUCAUCAUGGUGGCAGGGUUAUUGUGAUGGGUCUGAAGGUUGGUUCCCUGCUAAUCUCGUUGAAAUGGUGGUGAAUAAUAAAAUGAAUAAACCAAGCAGUACAAGAUUUUCUCAUCAAGUAUCUUCAUCGUCUAGUUCUGAUCGAACACCAGUUUUUAAUAAUAAUAAUUCUUCGGUUCAGAAACCUUUCUUUUCACCAAAUGAAACGUCUCCAUCCAAUUUACCUUUAUGUACAAUAGCAAAUAAAACUUUAAAUAACAGUCUAUCGCCUAUCGUCGGUAAUAAUUAUAAUAAUAUUCCUAGUCCUCCUUGCUCAUCAUUAACAUCUCUUAUCCCAGUGAAUAUGAAUAUAAAUAAUUCAUAUCCUCCAUUAAUGUUUCGACGUUUGAAAAAGCGUAGUUUAUCAGCUUUGGAAAUUCCCGAAUUAUCUCAGUGUAUUGAUUUAGUUCCAUCAGUAUUGUCAACUACACAAACUGCAACAGUUAGUGCAACAGUCACCUCGAGAUUUGAAAAUUUUCCAACUGAUCUAAUGAUGGACCAUUCACAUUACUUUCUGUCGACUUUUCCCUGGUAUGUUGGUGAAAUGGACAGACUCGAAGCUGUUAAUUUAUUAAGUAAUUGUAUUGACGGUACAUUUCUUGUACGUCUGUCUAAAAGUGCUGAAAGAAUGGGAGAAUAUUCACUAUCUGUUGUAUACGGCCAUCCACGGCAUAUUCGUAUACAGCGUUUUUCAUCAUCUGAUAAUUCCUGUAUUACAUAUGGUCUUUGUGAAUUAGAACAAUUCCCAAAUAUACCGUGCGUAAUUGACAACUACUCCAAAGUGUCGUUAAAUCGGUGCUUCGAUGAAGUUGACAUCACAUUACUUUAUCCCUACCAGAAGUGUCCUUCAUCACCAUUGUUCUAUGUUCGUGCAAAUUUCGAUUUUCAUGAUACGUCUAAUAGUCGUUUCUUGAAUUUGAAAGGAGGUGAUCGAAUUGCUGUAGUUAGUCGUGCAGCUGAAGACAGAGGCUGGUGGAAGGGAUGGUUAAAUGGUCGUAUUGGAUUCUUCCCCAUGUCUUUUGUGACAAGAGAGCUAUCUGGAUGAUUAUACUGGAUUACUAUUUUAUUUUUGGAAAAUUUGUAUUCUUUUUUAAUCCACUUAUUUUGUGAACAUCUUUUUACCAAACCCACGUUUAUCCUGUCAGAAAUCUAUACAUACAACCCAGUGUAAACUGUGUAUUAACAGCGAUUUAAACAAUGAAUUUUUGAAUAAUUAUAACUUUCUUUUGUCACUAAUUUAUCGUAGUACCUAUUGGUUAUAUGUCUAUGUAGAAAGAGAGAGAUUUGUAUAAUAACCAUAAGAAAUGCAACUCAUACAUCUCUUAUUUUUAGCUAAGUAUGUUUUUUCCAUCAACACUAUAUCAUUAUAAUUACUGCUUAAUCGUUAGGUAGUUAGUCUGUUUGUUACCAUAUUAUCUGUACGCCUUAUUAUAAGUAUAGUCAUUUUUCGC